CCCAAUCAGUUGUUGUUUUCCUCUCCAGUUACGUUUCCCUCCAAUUCUAACACGUUCCUUGAUAUUCCCUCUCCGACGACUAAAUUAACCCGCGGAGCAAACUUAAACGACACCGUUUUCCUCUAUGGCCUCCCCAUACAGAGAUCGGACAGCUGAGUUCCGAUCACUAUCCCAAACCCUUCAAAAAGUGGGAGGGAUCUCAGUCGUCAACGAUAAUCAUCUCCGAAACGACUUCGUUUCUAGAUCACCUCAUCCACCUCUAUAUUCCAGAUCCGAGUUCAACAAAAAGGCUUCCCUAAUCGGGUCCGGUAUCCAUGAAACCUCUCAAAAAAUUGUUAGACUUGCCAAAUUGGCAAAGAGGUCAUCAAUGUUCGAUGAUCCGAUUGUGGAAAUAGAGGAACUAACUGCUUUGAUAAAGACUGAUAUUACCACUUUGAAUAUGGCACUUUCGGAUUUGCAAACACUUCAAAACAUGGAGAUUGCUGAUGGGAAUUACUCUGAUGAUAGAGUUGUUCAUUCCACAACGGUUUGUGACGAUUUGAAGAGCAAGUUAAUGGGUGCUACCAAGCAUCUUCAAGAUGUGUUGACUGCAAGAACUGAGAAUAUUAAGGCUCAUGAAAACAGGAAACAGAUAUUUUCGAAGAGUACAUCGAGAGAGAACCUGUUUCGGCAUCAAACAGAAUCUGUGACCGAGCCACCUCCUUGGUCAAGUUCUUCAAAUUUGUCUGAGAGUUUGCCACUGUUAGGACCGCCAUCAAAUGGUGUACAAGCUGGCAGCCAACUGAGACGAAGGCCAGCUGUGGAUGGCACACCUUCCCACCACAUGGAAAUGUCCAUGUUGCAGCAGGUUGUUCCCAGGCAAGAGCAUUACUCACAAAGUCGGGCAGUUGCUCUUCAGAACGUGGAAUCUACAAUUUCAGAACUUAGUGGAAUCUUUACACAUCUGGCUACAAUGGUCGCACAUCAAGGAGAACUAGCUAUCAGGAUUGAUGAGGACAUGGAUCAAUCAUUAGCUAACGUUGAAGGUGCUCGCAGUGCUCUAUUGAGGCAUCUUAACCAAAUAUCAUCAAAUAGGUGGCUUCUAAUCAAGAUAUUCGCCGCAAUCAUCUUUUUCCUGGUGGUCUUCAUCAUCUUCGUGGCUUGAAUAUUAUAACUCGAGAUUCUAAUGCAUCCUUCUUGCUACUGCCUGGAGUUGACAUCCACGUAUGGCUUACGUUGUCAUAUUCUUUCUGAAUAUUCAAUGGGCUUUGCCGUUAUUUUUAGAUGGCGCUAGCUUGUAAAAAGUUGCAGGCUUCUAUUCGUGUUUAGAGAAACAUAAUUACACCAUAUCUUAUUGAUUGUAACCAUGUUGAGAACCUAUUUUGUGCAUCAAGAGUUGUUAUAAUUUCAACAACUGAUAAAUUGAUAUCAGGUCAUAUGAUUAUAAUUCAAAAUGAUCAAUUUUCUUCUCCUUAGCUUUCAUGCUGCCCCUCAAAUGGCACUUGCAUACACUGAUCAACCUCUCCAAGGAGCUAUAAAUCUCUAGCGAAGACUUCAAUAGCAAUUAGCAAACGUACUCUGAGAGUUUCGAGUUCAAAUCUAGAUCGGAACCUAAAAGAUAAAAGAUAAAAAAAAUUUCUUCUGCAUAACAAGAUUCUUUUUUAUCGUAAUAAUUGAGCAUACCAUAUUUGGAUAUUCACAGAGAUUGGAAUAUUCAAUCCAAUAUUUCU